AGAAGCACACUGGGAGCCCCUGCUGAGAUGAUUCCAAAGGAGAGAAACUUUUGAGCCUAGAUUCAGUUUUCACUCUUGAUUUUCCCAUCUGGCUGAACAAUGUGUCGAGUUUUAAACAUCCUGCUGGCUUUGCUGAGCCGUUUCCUGUUCGCUGUGCAUGGCAUUAUUACAGUAUGGCGUGUCGUGGUGGUGAAGGGUGAGCCCUGCUAUUGGCUCCUGCUUAUGGGUGUUGCACUACUGGGUGUGGAGAUGGCUGUCACCAUUAAAUAUACCCAGAACGCAGAGUGGAAAUGGUUCUCCCCGAUGGUUUUCCUCUAUCUCAGCACUGUGAUUCCCUCAAUCUGGUUUCUAGAGCUGAACCUGCUGCAUUUUAACCUACCAACUAACUCUUCUUUAUCUGACCUUCAGCUUCUGUCUCAAAUCCCCAUAGCAGCGGGUCUGGCAGAGCUGGAACCGGAGAACUGGGUGGCUGGUUUGGAGCAGACCAUGCUCAUCGUGUUGGUGCUGGGACGAUGGCUUAUGCCCAAAGGUGACAUGUCACGUGACCAGCUGUCCCAACUUCUUAUGGUCUAUGUUGGAUUAGGUGCAGACAUCCUGGAUAUCUUUGACACAUUUAAGGAGCCUGAAGUAAAAACCAACCAUGUUGUGAUAAUUGUUGGGUUGAGCCUCUUUACUUGGGCCCUAAUGCAGUUUCCUUUGGUUCUGACACAAACAAGUCUAUCUAAGAACCCAACUGAGGUCCAGGGUGAAGUCACCAGCUUACUGCCCUGCUCCUCAUCCUGCUGCUCCAGUGAGAUCUGGAGUCUUCUCCUCACGGUUGGACUCCAGGAUGGCCCAUUUCUGGUGUACCGCCUGUAUCUCAUGCUCAAAGAGAAUGUUCUGAACCAGCUCAUGAUCUUUUUCACAUGUAAGAACAUCCUUAUUGUCAUCCUGGAGCUCUACAGGAUCUAUGUUGUGUAUUUUGAGAUGGGUGGGCCUGAGGAGAACAAAAUGUCAAAUGAUUUACCUCAAGCACAAUCAAAACAUGUUGAACAAGAAAGGAUGGAAGCUCUAGAAGCUGCAUGUCUAGACUAGACUGUGUCUAGUAGUGGAAAUAUUGGAAAAAGUGACUGUUUACACUGAUUUACGAAACAUGUUUAGUUCUCCUUGUAUUGCAUAGUGGUAUUAUACUUUGGUAUUAUGAGCUUGUUGGACAUUUCAUUUCAAACCCAUGAACAUUGAUAUAGGCAAUGCCUUUGCAGCGACAAACAGCCUCCACUCUUAUGGAAUUGGUUUUCAAAAGAUUUUGGUGUGUGUCUAAGAAUAUUUGUUACCAUUCUGUAAAAGAACAUUAGCACGUUUAGGCACUGUAAUGACUGGAUUUAAUCAAUGUUUUAAUUAAUAUAUAUAAAAAAAAAAAGGUUUAGGGUUAUUGUUAUCAGGAUUCUGUACAUGUCACUGGAGUGCCUCUACACCAAACUCUUGUCUUUAUAGACCUGACUUUCAGCACAGGGGCACAGUCUGCUUGAACAAGAAAGCGACCUUUGAAAGCAUAACAUACAAUUAUGUAAUGUAUUAUAAACACCUAUU